AUGCCCCCCAAAGCACCCAAAGUGCCACCUUCCGUCAACAUUCCCUCUAAUCAGACUAACACCAGUGUCUCUGUAGAAAAUGCUAGCACCACCAGCCCAAAAUCAUCUGCAACUAUCAGCAGCAAGCGCUCAGCACGGGAUGCUGCACUCUCAGACAAUGAUGCCAAGAAUGGUGCUACCAUCAUAUCUCACACCAAGAGUGCAAGCAAUGCCAGCAGAGGCUCUAACAAGGCCACAUGCAACACUGCUUCCAAUGCUCUCAGUGGGUUGAACGACCAGUUGGGGGAAAUCAUCCCCAUCUUCAAGGACUUCAACUCCAAACCCAACAUUAGCCUUGCUCCACCUGCCUCCCCAGUUAUUGCCCCUUCUCAAACAGCUUUGGUGGAAAAACACUUCACCAUGUCUACCAUUGUGCCGCCCAUCACCACUACCUCACUUACUCUGUUACGAUAA